AUUAAUUUGACGUCGUCUUGGUUAUGUAGUAACAACAUAGAUGGCUGACUAGAAGGCUAAACGUGUUAGAUUUUCAUAUGUAAUUUUUAAAUAAAAAUAAAAUUAUUAUUUCGCGUGAUGACAGCUACUCCCGCUAAAAUUAUUAACAGUGAAAAGAAACGCGAUGUGAAGACUGGAGCCCCCCAGUAUGAUCCAACCAACAGACUGGCGAGGCGGUUACAUCUUAUGAGUAAGACGGAGGGAAUGUCCGAAUAUCAAGCCGCUUACAGAAAGUACCCAUUCCAGCGACCGCGCAACUGCGUCAGACCGGUAUCUAACAAAAUGGAUAACGGAAAAUUGUCGAAGUUGAUGCUGACAACGUAUCAGAAGGAUUAUGUAUUUCACGAGGACAAAAAUGCCUUCAAAAUGGAAAGCUUCAAGCCGAUACAAGCGUACCGCCCAUCAAGUGCCAAAUUCUCUGACCAGACCAAUUACAGCUUGUCCUAUCAGUGCUUUGAUAAAGAUGUCGCCAAAAGCUGCCGUCCGGCAAGCGCUAAACCAAAAGAACCUCCGCGAACGCAGUACGAAAUCGUCAUUCCAGAAAAACCUUCAGGUGAAGGAGAUGCAAAGAAAGUUGAUGAAGCACCGAAAGAGAAGGAACCUAUUCGUACAGAAAGUGACGCAAAGCCCGAGAAUAAAGUCACAGAUCCGGUUGUAGAACCACCAAAAACAGAAGCCGUCUCAACUAAGAUCGCGGUUCACGGAAGGAGAAUGCAGUACGCCCCCUUCAAUGGAAUGACUACUUAUACGGCGGAUUACGUCAAACACUCGUGCGGGCCCCGUCAGCCAAUCUGUAAACCUCCUACCUCUAAUAAUCACUACGAUUUAGGUCCCUUCGAUGGCAGAACCACCCAGAACACAACAUACAAAGCGUGGCCGGUGAUCCCCAUUGAGAAACCCACCUGGGCCAUCAAGCCAGAAUACCACAGACCUCUGGGAGGGAUGCCUUUUUCUAGCACAUAUAUGGCUGAUUUUGAAAAUCCCAAAAGUCUUGUGGAAAGAAUAAUGCCUAUAAAACCAAAAACCGGAACUGACAUCAUAAAACAUGAAGGAGGGGAUGGCGAUCAGCAUCCAUGUACCACAUAUCAGGGGCAUUAUGUAGCGUGGAAAGGUGCACUUCCGGCCAAAACAUAUCAAAUAAAACAACUCUAUGUACCUACCGCCGGCGAAAUGGAUUUCCAGUCAAUUCAGAGGUUACACUUCAGAGGUGUGCAGACUGAACGUCCGAGUUUAUGCCACAAAUCUUCUGAACACCGAAACUUGAAUGAUGAUAAAACAAUGUAUUUCAACACCACCUAUCGAGAUUCCUUCUUCAACCGAACUAGGCCAAAAAGUUGUCCCGUCGGCAUUUAGACUCACCCUGGAUGAAGUCUUACCAAGGCGGCUUUGUUUAAAUUUUAUUUGAUCAUUUUUUUUUUAAAUUAUUAUUUUUUUAACAGAACUUUUUUUUAUCAUUUAUUUAUUUACUUUUUGCUUUUAGCAUUUUGGAAGUAUUUAAAUUUUGAAAAAUAUAGUUAUAUUUUAGCAUAUUAAUAUACUACUCAUGAAUUAUACAUGUUCUUGCAUUGUAUUCUUUUUAAAUUAAACUAAUGAUCAUGUA